UUACUGAUAAUCGAUAAUUAAUGAUAAUUUGUCGAAAAUAGAGUUUUCGUCAAGCAGUAAUGUAUCAUCAUUCGGCAUGAUAAUGAAGGAAUAUGAUGUUGAGUAGAGCGAGAGAGUAGAAGUGUCUAAGCUAAAACAACAGAGAGAGGGGGGCAAAUGUUUCAUUUCUUAAUAUGUGUAUGACAGGGGAAAGAGAAGAGCAUGAAUCGAGGAAAAUUCAGUGUAGUAUUGAUGCGAUAGUUUCUUUUUACGUCAAUUUGAUAUUGUUAUUGUCUUCUUAUAGGAUAUUCACAAAAUAUUCUAGAUGUGUGUAUGGAUACAAGAGUAAGAAAUGUUUCGAGAACAUCUGUUAAAGAUUCUUAUACCGAAAUUAUACCACAAAAAAUAUUACUAAAUUCAUCAUCAAAAGAUUAUCAAGAGUCAAUACUUGUUAAUAUAACAAAAGAAAAAGGUCCAUUAAAAUUGAUAGGUAAAUUUUUAGAUAAAUAUGAUUCGAAAAAAAUUGAAAUAUUAUCGGUAUUUUUGGGUGUUAGUGGUGUUGGUUGUCUCAUAUUUGGUGUAUGCAUUUUAAUUAUAUUUUAUACUGCGUAUAAUAGUCGAUUAUCAACAAUUGAUUGCAAAAUAAAAAAUGUCACUUAUCCUUAUGUGAAAUUAUGUAAAUCAAAACGAUGUGAAAUAUUCAAUUAUUGUGUACCUUAUGUAUGUACCAUUGUCUAUGUCGAAUAUUUAUUCGAAAAUGUUCAUUAUCAAGAAAAAUUAUUAUCAGAUAGAAAACAACAACAAAAUGAUGUAAACGAUAGUGUAUGUUCAUUUGAACCAUUUUCUUGUAUCUCUCGUCCUCGAAUUGAACAAGACCAUGUUGAUUUUAUAAAACGUUUUGGUAUAUCGAAUAAAGAUUCAACAUGUUGUAUCGAUAAAAAACGUUUGCCUUUUCAACCGAUUGCCUGUAUUUCAUGGCCAUUGAAAUUCGGUUUACAAUUAUUUAUAUUUAUAAUUUGUUUCUUAUUUGGUAUUGUAUUGCUUAUCGCAGCUGGUUUAAGUUAUCUUCAUAUUAUGAGAUUAUCUCAUCGUCGAAAUACUAAGCAAGAUAUAUUAAAUACAAUAUUAGAUUUUCGUUUUAGUGAUGAAUUAUCAAUAAUUUCCGAUCAAAAUAUAAAGAAUGAUCAAGAUCAUGCAUCACUUGAUUUACCAGAAUUAAAUCCAACACCAAAAGAAGUCUUUGAUAAUAUAACAAAAUCGUUGAGUAAAACACCAAAAUAUCGAUUUUCUACAUCCGGUGAUGCACUGAUCGCUCAAUCUAACACAUUAUCACAUCCAUUUGUUGAAGAAAAAAAAUUACCAAAUGAUUUAUUAUUCAAUGUGACAGAAGAAAUUAAAAUAUUUCAAAAUGAAAGAGAAAGAGUGAAUAUAGAAGAAUGUUUAUUAAAAGAAAUUCUAAAGUAAGUGACUGUUUUGCUGUUAAUUUGAAUGCAUUUAAUCAUCAGGAUAUAAAGAAAUAGUUUGGACUAAUAGAACUGUCUUGCUGACUGAUUAUCUUGGAUAUGCUGAAUUAAGGUCCCUCCACAGAACUGAUGAUUCUCGAUCAUAAAAUCGGUUUUGAAAUAAGCACACGGAACGAUAGCCUGAAGUGUCUACUUUCAGAAUCUGUAAAGAUUUUGGUUAUAGAAGUGAUUUUUCGUCGCUUUCAAGCAAGUUU